AUGUCAGGAUUGGACAGUAAAUUUGAUGAUAUUGAAAUGAUUCAACUUCCUGAUGAUGAAGAUGAACAAGUUAGCAAUGAUAUUUCGAUUUCAUCAGAAACUGAAGGGAUAUCAGAUUCACAAGAGUCUUCAAAAAGCAACAAUUCAAACGAUCAAUCCAGUCCAUUAGGGAUUUUCAAGGCUGAUAAUGGAUAUGUUGACUUACCUGAAUGGUUGGAUUCUACUGACUCAUUACAUUUCAAGUUUGAUAAAGAUCAAUAUAAGAGAAGUAUAGAUAUUGUUGAUUCAUUUGACCAAAGUUACAUCGACUAUGUCAACUCAAUGUAUAAAACCAUUGAAAGACUUACCAGUGACGAUAUAACAAGACUAGAUUUAGAAGAAGAUGACUCACCAAUUGGUUUAAUUACAAAUGAAACAGGAUAUCGCGCCAGUCAGGCUUAUAAGUUUAAAAAAGCUGAUGAAUCAUUUCAAAAAAUUAUUGAAAAUUUACAAGCUUUGAUCAAUUCAGCACCAGAAGACAAACACGAAUCAAUUGAAUUCCAAAACUUACAACAUACAUUGUAUAUUUUACAAUGUCUUAAAGCAAAUAACUUCUAUUUUGAUUUGAGACGCAAACCGGAGUUGAUUCUUGCAUGGGUAAAUACAUUUGAUCCUAAACCUGAUAGUUCUUUGCUUAAUGAUGUUAUGGUCAAUAAUCCUAAACCGUAUACCCAUCCACAGUUUUGGAAUACCUGUUUGAGUCAACUUAUUAUAAGAGGAUUAUUUGAGCAAGUCUCAGAAGUAAUUGCUCACUCUGGAUAUCAAGAGUUGGAACAAUCGUGCCCCGAAUUGUUUUUAAUGAUUAACGAUAUGAAUAUCAUGUUGUCGGAUUAUACAUCAUCUGCGUCUAAAGGGAACUUUGCUCAAUGGAAAGUAAUUGCCUGUGAAUACCGAGAUUCUUUAUCUGGUGAACGCUAUGAAUCAAUUACUGAACCAGCCCAUAAAUUGAUGGUCAGUCAGAUUUAUGAUUUGGCGUGUAUUUUCACUGGUCUUCCUAAAACAAUCUCGAGUUAUUGUGAUUCUUGGUAUGAAAUGUAUUUGGCAUUAUCGUUAUAUCAAAUACGAGACAAUGACGAAGUUUAUGAUGAAUAUUUCAAGAUGUCUAUUACUGAACAUCCACCUAGUGUAACUCUUGGUGAAGAUGCAGAAAACUUUGAUGAACUAAGUGAAUCAUGUUUCAUCAACAUCUUGGAGAAGAACUAUCUUAAGGCCUUGGAAACCUUGCAUGAGUUAGAUCCACCAACAGCAGCCUAUGUAUCAGAAUUGCUAGAGUUAAAAUUGGUAUUGCGUAGUUACUACUUUGACUCGACAAUAACUUCAAACACAAGUUUCCAAGACUUGCUUAAUAGAAGAUCCAUUUCGGAAUAUUUCCUUACAAGACAUGCGUUUGAUUGCUUGAAUGUUCAUGAUUUAGCACCUGUUGGAAUUGGUCUUUUACUAAAUGAUGUUGUUUGCAGAUCCACAAACGCAAGUGUCACCAAUAGAAAAGUAAUUGCUGGCUACUUACCUCAUUAUUAUUGUAAAACCAAUGAUGACCUUGAAUGGGCACUUACGAUAUGUGCUAAUUUGAAUUUGAUUUCUACAGCUAGAGAAUUGUAUUACCAAGCAGGUGUGAAAUCAUUAGAAGACGGUUAUAACUAUGAAGCAUUGAAUAAUUUUGUUAACUGUUAUGACCCAACUUUAUUGAGUGGUGAAAAUCAUAGUGAAGGAAUGAAAAAGGUCCAUUACAUCAUAUGGGAUAUGAUAUUUGCUGACAGUAUUGUCAAUAAUAGACCAGUAAAUGAUGAAUUGAUAAAUAAUAUAAUUGAUAGGAAAGUUGAUCCAAAUUUCAAGAUCCAUCCUGUGAUCCAACAAUGUCUUGCUCCGUAUGCUGUUUUGAAGGAAUUUUAUUCUUCCUUACCAGACAAAGACAUUAAAGUAUCUAGUAAAAUGUCAAAAUUGAUCCACUUAUUACAGUUUAAUUAUUUACCAAAAAGAUUUGCACCUUUAUUGCUUGCUCAAUUUUUACCAUUCUUAGGUAAUGGUGAAAACAAAUUCAAAUUACCUGAAUUAGUGGUUAUUAUUGAAUUAAUAGAUAGUUUUGAAACUAAUUGUAAUGAUGAGGAAUCUAAAGAAGCUGCUGAAUUGUAUUCAUAUUCCAUUAGCAAAGUUGGGGAAAAUGAUGUUUCUGUUCAUGACUGGAGAAGAAUUAUUGGAAAAGAUAACUUGCCAACAGACGUUACAAAUUUAAUUAUAACUUUGAGAAAUCAAAUAACUGCAAAGAUUGCUAAAGUAUUCAUAGAGUAA